GCCGUAAUCAUGAAUUUUCUAAUUGCUGUAUCCGCCAAUGCGGGCCUAUAUAUUUAUCCAGCAAUCGUCUCGGGUGAUACAAUAAAUGAGGAUAAUUUUGACUAUGAGGAUAAAUUGCGCCCGAUGAUUAUGGUAAUGGUGUAGGUGAUGAAGAUGACAAAGAAUGAUAGCAAGCUUUCUAGAAUGAUAAGGAAUAGGCUACGGCUACGUCAUAAAAAAGAUGUUAGCCAAUCCACGCUCCACCCCCUACAGCAUCUGUCACAACUGAUAGGCCAUCCAUGCCUUUUACACGAACCAGCAAUCAUGUUCAGCUCGUAGGCCUAUAGGCUAUUGUUUUCAAAAUUGCGAUCAUUUUAAAUUUUAUUUCAACCUUUUUCUUGUCAAAUAUCUUAAUCCAUUAACUUGAGUAACCCUUGGCCUUGUUUGGGUUGACUGAACAUAACAAAAAAAAUAAUAAUGAAAAUGACGUAGGCCUAUUCGUAUUCGUUAUCUUUUUCGCAAGGUUGCGAAUUCCCCUUGGUGACGUUCAUGACGAUGAUGAUGCUUAUGAAGAUGAUGUGGUGUUAAUUUUAACACCGACAGUUUUUAUUUUAUCCCUAUUUUUAUUUGCUGUUCAUAAGGUAGGCCUACGUAUGUGAAAAGCUCUGUCCACGCUAUCAAAUUUUAUGUGACCAAUAAAUUUAAUAUGCCCAUAUUUGAGGGUAGGCCUCAUUAUGACAUCAUCAUGAUUAUGUAUGGCACAUCAUGUUUACAAGGACGGCGCUGUUUUUAAUAUUGUGGAUAUUGAUACGAACAAAUAGUUGGCCUUCACAACAACCUCGACAUAGCUUUUAGUGAACAUCAUGGAAGCCCCACCACCGUAUGCACAGGGAAAACAUCCACCACAACAGUAUGCACCGCCACCCCAGCAGGGGUAUGCACCGCCACCCCAACAAGGGUAUGCGCCACCACCUCAAGGAUAUCCAAUGACUCAAGGCUAUGCGCCACCACCCCAACCCCAGCAAGCAUUUGCUGCCCCGUCGGCUGCAGGAGGCGGUGUUGUCGUUAUAAACACCCAGCAAAAUUCUGCCCCUGCACCAGCCGUUCACACUACUAUUAUUCAGGAACGAAGAGUGGACAUCGGUAUAAGCCUGUCACGGCAAAAAUUGGACCGUACUAAAAUCGGUCCGCAUAUGACCUUUUCUGACCGCUAA